AUGGGCAAAUCAGUCGGCAUUGGUGCACCCAACCACAUCAACAUUCGCCAAACUUGCCUCUCAACCGCGUGCACCUCAACCCAACUCCGUUUUCCCCUACAGGAUAUUGAAUGCUUUGUACUGCUCCUUCUCCUCCUCCUCCUCCUCCUUGGCAGUGUCUUCUACGUCUUCUACGAGCAGUACGUAAACAUCGUUUACGAGACGGUGGUGCAGAUGUGCUUGGGUCUGAGUGCAGUUUCCCUCAUAACUUGGGUGAUGCUGGGUUUGGAUUUCGUUGCAACGCUAAAUGUGGUGGUGGCAGUGGCGUCCAUAGCGCUCUCCGUGGCUGCUGCGAUGGUGCUGUGGCACAUCUCACUCAAUGCCAUCUCACUGGUCAAUCUCGUUGUGUGCAUUGGAAUUUCGGUGGAAUUUUGUGCGCACAUCGUUCGCACCUUCGCCAUCAGCACGAAGGCCACACGUGUGGAGCGAGCACUUGAUGCACUCUCCGAAAUGGGCAGUUCGGUGCUGCGAGGCAUCACACUCACCAAGUUUGGUGGCAUUGUGGUGCUGGGCUUUGCAAAGUCGCGACUGUUCCAAGUCUUUUACUUUCGCAUGUACCUGUGCAUGGUCCUCUUCGGUGCUGUGGUUGGCAUCAUCUUCCUGCCCGUUCAACUCAGCUACUUUGGUGAGUCGCAAGUUGUAGUCCUCCACUGA